AUGGCGGCCGCUCGCAACGGCGUGGUUUCGAGACCAUCAUCAGAACGAGGCUUAGUAGUCGGCGGAGGUAGGUGUGAACCCAGCUUGAAGCUAUCAAAUCAUUGGAUUCAAGGAGUUUGUCUUCAAAAAGAGGUAAGAAGUAACCUUAAAGGACACAACGAACGCGUUAGUACUAUUGUUUGAAACUUUUUAAAAGGCUCUUUAUGACUCCCUUGAACGUAAACUUGAGAGCCACAAUGCUUAUGUCGUCCCACAGUACAACUGUUGUGUGGCCUAGUACUGUUACGAACAAUUUCUAGUGAACAUUUACUAAAGCCAAACACUAUAUACCAUAAAACUGGAAGAAAGUUGGUACUAUGUAAUUUUAUCUUCAUAUCAGACUUAACUAGAACCAUUGCCAGCCACAUGCAAAUCCAUAAGUGAUCGGCAGCUUACCGGCGAUGCAUCAAACGGGUUUUCCACUCAAGGAGAAAUAUCCUGUUUCUAUUUUUAUGAAGUUCAGUCCAUAGUACGUCCUUAAGGAGAAUGCUUUUGUGUCGCAAGUGUAUUACAGUACACAAAUUUCGAUGAAACUUUCCAUCUAACUCGCAACGUAAAUUCGCAUUUUGAACUAUUAAAAUGAACCGGCAAUAAAGGUUUACCGCAAGUUUGGUUACUCAAAUCUUGACACCACUCAGAUAAUACUAACUUAUUUCACUAGACAAUUAACAAAAUAGAGACCACAGCACAGGUAACAUUCCUGUUGGUAGUGAGACGUAUAAACAGAUCAAUGUUAAGAUCAAAUAUUUAAUUUUUAAGCAUGGCAAAUAAACAAUGCGCAUUCUUGAGUCCCUUUAGAGGCUCGCGUAAAGUACAAUACUUUAAUGAAAGAGCCAAGUGCCUACAUUUGUAAGGAUCUAUCUAACACUUGUAGAACGUAAACUCAACCCUAUGUUAAUAACAAAGUCGUACUUUUUAAGUUUGAAGUUGUCAGUUUAAGUACUUUCGGAAACAAAGUUCCCACGAGUAACGCAACUUAUUAAGGCGCGUGUCACCAAAGGGAAAUCAAAACAUCGUUCUUACUAGUGAAAAAUAAAUAAUUAGAAAGAAUUCUUGAGAAAAUAUCGGCCCCAACAGUCGAAACAAUCAUCCUGCAUAUAAAAAGGCAAACAAGCUGACAAGAUAUGAUUGUAAUGUCGAUAUGUUUUGUUUAUGGAACGGAAAUGAAUUUAUAUGUAAAUAAACGCAGCUGUGUAAAUAUGUCUUCUUAUCGAACAGCUAAUCGGAUAUUAACGUAAACAUGUCUUCUUAUCGGACAGCUAAUCGGAUAUAAAAUAUGAUAGCUCAUAUAAGUUUCGUCUGGAAUUUGUAAUUAAUGUGAUAAUGUCAUUUAAACACUGAAAACAGCCUAUUAAUUGCCUCUCUCAAACAAAGUAACACCCACUCAAAGUCAACACAUUUCAAAUUAAUAGGUUACUAAUUAAAGUCGCCUUUUGGCAUUUCAAAAACCAACAAUUCAAGCGUUAAACCUACUGUUUUGACAAAAGAUUUAAUCACUAUUAUCCUUAGGGUGUUUCCUUUUAAAUACAAAAACAAGUAAUUGGCCAUAUCGUGCUAACCAUGAACCAUGAAGAACACUUCCAAGGCUGUGCUCUAAGAAAAAUUGAAGGGAGCCCAGUGCUCUGAACUUGUGAAAUCCAUUGUGCCCAGCAUAUGAUUUCUAUGAAAAAGCAAAGAUUUUCCAGUCGCCCGAGAACAAAAGUUAGGGGCCACGGGCCACCGGGCUCUGCUAGAGCACAGCCUUGACUACGCAAAACAGAACACUACUGUUUGUAAUAGAGAACACUACUAGGGUAUCUAAAAGAUAGUAAUGCUGCGGCACAUUCUGUUGAUACUGGCAUUAGUUAGGUAGUGAGACUUAAAAGAAUCGAAAAUGACAUUGAAUGUUCUAUUUACAUGUUGGAAAGUACUAGAAUAAUUACUAUCAGUCUAUAGAAAGAACUCGUGGGAACAUUGUUUAGAAAAUGAUCAAGUGGUUAUCAACUCUGGUUUUCCCACAGUAAAUUGUAGGAAAUAAUAGAAAUUCAGAUUGUUUAUCCACAUAUUUAAUAUGCGGUGCACGAUAUUUUCUCUGGAANGUCGCCUUUUGGCAUUUCAAAAACCAACAAUUCAAGCGUUAAACCUACUGUUUUGACAAAAGAUUUAAUCACUAUUAUCCUUAGGGUGUUUCCUUUUAAAUACAAAAACAAGUAAUUGGCCAUAUCGUGCUAACCAUGAACCAUGAAGAACACUUCCAAGGCUGUGCUCUAAGAAAAAUUGAAGGGAGCCCAGUGCUCUGAACUUGUGAAAUCCAUUGUGCCCAGCAUAUGAUUUCUAUGAAAAAGCAAAGAUUUUCCAGUCGCCCGAGAACAAAAGUUAGGGGCCACGGGCCACCGGGCUCUGCUAGAGCACAGCCUUGACUACGCAAAACAGAACACUACUGUUUGUAAUAGAGAACACUACUAGGGUAUCUAAAAGAUAGUAAUGCUGCGGCACAUUCUGUUGAUACUGGCAUUAGUUAGGUAGUGAGACUUAAAAGAAUCGAAAAUGACAUUGAAUGUUCUAUUUACAUGUUGGAAAGUACUAGAAUAAUUACUAUCAGUCUAUAGAAAGAACUCGUGGGAACAUUGUUUAGAAAAUGAUCAAGUGGUUAUCAACUCUGGUUUUCCCACAGUAAAUUGUAGGAAAUAAUAGAAAUUCAGAUUGUUUAUCCACAUAUUUAAUAUGCGGUGCACGAUAUUUUCUCUGGAAACACAAUACUUUUCUUGCUGUUUGUUGCACUUUAUUAAGUAACAGUUAUUUAGCUAUAUAUUUACAGAAAACAACAACAAAAAAAACGGAAAAAAAAAGAAAGGAUGAAUAAAUAAUUCGGAAGGGCUCGAACCCUGCACCUCCGGCUCCACGCGACUACACCUAACCACUACACCACAGAGGCUGACUCCGUAAUCGUUAGGAAAAGUCUUUCAUCUUAUUCCUUUUCCAUGAAACUUCCGCCGGCAAGAUGAUCGCCAGCCGCAUUAACCGAGCUAUUAACAGUGAAAAAACAAUGUAAACGCAUAUUCCAUGGCAAUUAAUGAAUGAAAGAACAGAAUUAUGCUUUUCAAAACGCCGAUACACGUUCUCGUCUGCAAAGUAGGACACAAAACAUAUGUUUUGUUAUCUCGAUUUCCGCUGUUAUUUUGAAGCGAAUUGUCAAAAUCACAUCCAUUUUCGGCUCAUACAGUUUCUUAAGAAUAGCAUUGCAAGACAUUUUCUCACUUUCACAUCACCUUCUAGCAAGCUGGAAUUUGUAUAUCCCCCGUGUUGCGGAGUCGAAGAGCAAAUGCUCAUCUUCUCGUCAGGUUUAACACCUGGACGGGUCAAAGGCUCUUGAAUUGAAAUUAACCAUCGUACUCAUCUGAAAGACUCCUGGGUGUCUCAAAAUUUGGUAAGACCUCUAACCGUGCUGUAGAAAAUUUGCCACAAAGAAAACUCUAAGUCUGAGCAUUGAACGAUGCACUCUCUCACCCACCGAACUUCCCCGUGUUUUUAUUUGAGUUGUUCGUGGCGCAAUGCACUCUGGUUAAAUGCAAUGCACUGUGGUUUUUUCACACCAAUUUACGUUACGUAACACCAUUUUUCACUACUUAAGCUCUUAAGCAGCGGGGAAUAUAUAAAGGAAAUUUAGGACUAAUACAACGACGAGCGAGGGAAGCCAGCGAGGCGUCCAAUAAUGGGUCUUGCACACUAAGAGGAAUAGCGUAUGAAAGAAACAAUGCCUUUUUUCCUUUUCAGUGCGUAUGGCGGAACCAAAGCAGGUAGGACCUUCAAUUUUGGUGUUUCAGUUCUGUGUUUAAUAUUGCGUUACUUCUUUUCCGCUGGGUUCAUAAUAACGAGAGAAAACUGAUGUUCUCGAGGCAUUUUUUGCCAACUAUAUCUGAGGUUGCCUUGCAGAGUGUCACCUUGUGUCUAUAAUUAAAAGUUUCAUGAGACAUGUUACUGGCUACAAAAAUCUAGCACCUAUUUCUUAACCAGUUAGGAAUGAAGGCAACAUUAAACGCUUGACGUUCGCACAAUGGUUUUCUGGCGCUUUCCGUCGGUUACAAGUAUUUGCUUCCCUUUGCCGUUGACUUUAAAUCAAGCAACAACAGGCUAUGACUACUAGCUAGAAAACCUUCUUGUACAAAAGACAAACACUAAGGUCUAGUUUUGAUUAAUAAUAUUAAAUCAGUGUAGACAAAUAUAUUUAUCGUCCUGAACAAGAUAUACAUAACAAAGUUUCGGCUAAAUUUUAGCAAAUAUCUUCCUUUAUCGCACAUUCCAAGACAAUCGUAAUAAUAAUGUAGAAUUUGUAUUUUAACUUUUGAGGAAGGCGACGGUGAAAGCCCCUCUGAAGAAGACGACAAUAAUCAGAGGUAAGAAAGAAAAGGAAAGGGGAAAAAAGCACCGAUAAAUUCACUACUAUCGUGGAUUUUUUCCUUAAGUAUUAAAGAAAGUUUAAUAUAUCUUUCGCUAAAAGUAACUCAGGACACUCAAAAGCUUUCCAGACCUCGACUGCUAACAAUAUCUUAGUUCCUUGUUUCAGAAGAUGUAGUUAGGGCAUUUCAUUCGAAGAAAAACAACCUCUUAUUUAUCUGUGAAGUUUACCUGCAGCAUACAGUUAAAGAGGGUGCACAAUGCUCACAUAUGCUCCCUUCCCAUAAGAAGUAUACUGGCAGUGAACAGUUCCUAGGACUUUGUUCAAGGUAGCUUUCUUUCUAAUCUGACGCUCACUUGAAAACAAAAUUGCAGGAUUUUGUUUGUGUGAAGAUUACUUAGGUGCCACCCCAGGUAGCCUAGAGCUAAUUAACAAAUAUUUAAGCACCGUAGAAGCGACACGUGAAUUUAGUAUUUCUUUCAACAUAAUGAACAGUGUAAACUUUUGUUACCUGUAUUUUGUUGCCAUUAAGGGGUACCAAUCAACAUGCGGAUGGCCAACAAGGUGCUGAACAGGAGCCAGGAGGUGAAGAGUAUGGAUACUCCCUUGAAAGCGACUCAGGCUCUCACCAGGUAAGCUGUUCCAUCCACUUUGCACAUAAAUCCUGGUGCAAUCUCAGUAGCGUCUGCAAAAAGCCAAAAAUAAAAAAAAAGUGAACCGAGUAACCUUCUGACUUACUCUCUUGGGAGGCUAUGCAUCUUCGUAUACAAGGGGGGCAGAGAUUGGUGGAGGUUGGGGAGGGGGUAAAGUAAAAGCAAAACUAACAUCUAUCAUUACUCCGCAGAGCCAAACAGCAGGAAGGGACGACGAGGAAGAACAGGAGGAGGUUCCAGUAGCCACACAAAGUACGGACCACCAAUGUGGUCGACGUGGACCAAUCUGGUAAGGCAAAAAUCACUUUGACAUAGAAAAAGAGAACCUGCUGACUACCUAUCACUGUGAAGAAUCAUUCAAUAACAGGCGAUUUGCACCUAUCCUCUUAUAUCAAGUGCGAGUAUUGAAAUGCACUUUAGGUGAGGAAAAAAUGAUAUGUUGAUCCUUGUUGCCAUAUAACAUAUUUCCUUUACAUGUCUUUCUUUAGUGGUAUAGCUUCUCAGCUACCCUUUCUCCUUACUACAACUGCAAAUCAGGUAGGUGUACAACAGUAGCAAUAAAUAACUGCAGACAGUAUAGCACCUAUGUUAAUACUAAAAUACCUUCCUUUGUGACAGCAAAUAAGUUUGCAGAAAGUAAGAAAAAUGAACUGCUUUUUUACUCGAGAAAAGCAGCAAAAAGUAAAUCAAUAAAGUCGAUUACAGUAAAAUCCCACCCAUAGGAACCUGUAGGCUGCAACUAUCAGCAUUUAACCCUUUCUAUAUAAGAACCUGUUAAACUUAAAGGGAAAUCAGGUUUCUUGUCCAUAAGGUACAGAUUUACACCAGCAUCAACUGACAUCAGAAGCAACCCCCUCUUAGACUUCAGAUAAUUAACUCAACUUAACGGUCACUUCUGAAGAUGAAUACACACACUACUCCCAAUUUUGCAUGAAUGUUGUAAGAAAGGAAAGAAAGACUUGAGUAGCAUUUUGUGUAGUUUCAUUUAUUAACCAGAUAUACAUGAUCUCACAUAUUCUCUACCUUUUUAGGCGGGCCAAGGGGCUUUAAGUAGCGAAGAAAACAGACAGCUGCGCCGGUAAGAAAGACGACAUGUUUCAGCCAUUCCUGAAUAUUUACCUUAUAUCAUGUCUUAUACACCCAGUUUGAAAAACUACACAUCCCAUCUAACAAAAUAUUAUAAAAACACGACUUUUUCAUCUUUUUAUGUAAACCUCGACUUCCAUUUUUUCCUGUUAACAUCUGAUGCAUGUCUCGCAGCUAAGGAGCCGACUUCAAAUAACAAUUAAAGGCACAGUAUGAUAAAAAUUGCCAUGGCUUACAAUAGCUUAUUUCACACUAAUUAAGCCUACGCAUGUAGAUAUGCAUUCCUAAACUAACUGAUGUAUUUUUUUGUAUUAGGGUUCAAAGAAAUGACGAAGACCAACGUGAACUGCUACAAAAUCAACAAAACGCACAUGAGAAUCGAAAUGUACGUAAAAAUAUAUACACAGUCAUCACUUGGGUAGUCUCCACGGCUGUGUCUGGGUCGUCACGUAACACGUCGCGUGAUGACAAAAAUAAUAACGGUCACGGAGGAGACAAGUAGAGAUACGGCUCAAUACUUAUAUUUAUGCCCACAAGCUAAAAAAUAUAGUCAUCUUGCAAGGCAUAAUAAACAUAGGGGAAAAACUCUAAGAUAGACAAGCCUAGAGAGCAGCGCACAGAUACUCAAAUGCUCCCUCAUAACAGACCAUAAACCUUCAGUUCUCAACAUUUGGUUGUUUCACUUGAUCUGGUACUUAAAAAAAGUAAACAAGAGGAUAACUGAGAUCUGAUGGGUUCUUGAUUGUUUUCUUGAUUGGUUCUUGAUUGUUUUUUUUUUAAAUCACCGCGAAUUUAACAAUGUCAUUUUUUAUUUCUAUUAGCUUUUUCAAAUGCCCGGGUGGACUGAAACUGGAAGAAGAGUGCAGCAGUGCACUGAACAACACCCUCCUGGGUAUGGCAUAGAACAACAAAUACGUUAUACAGGUUCUCCCAUCAAAAUACAAGACCUUAUUACUAACAGAACUCCCAUGGACUCUAAGAUUAUCGCUUUUGUACAGCCUUAAACCCUAAUAAGGCUUUGGCAACACCCGAGGGAUCUCUGCCAGUUUUUUUCGCAUUAUUCAAGUGCCUGUAACGUAAAAAUUUUGAUUACGCUAACUGAAACAACACAUUACUACAAGAAGAAAAUGAGAUUUUUAGAAUUUUUUGAAGUUUAAAUUUCUUUGACACACCCUUUCCGCUAAUCACGAAAUUGAUAGGCUCAUAUCUGACGUCAUCAAACAUAGAUUCAGUAACUAAAAAACGGGAUUUUAUGCAACUGUUUUGUUUGUAUAUUUUCGUAUGUGCUUCUGAAAGGCAUGACAACAGAACGCUUUCUCCUUUUUUCUCUUUACUGCAUUCUCAUUUUCAAAAGUAUAGUAGUACUUUGCUUUGGCCUCGAAUAGCCCGGCCUUACAAUGAGUAAGACAAAAAGUAAAAGAGAGAACUGAAAAGUAAAACAACAUUUUCUUUGCUCUUCUCUUUUAGGGGUGUUUUCUGUGAUUUAGGAACUGGAGACCCACAGGUA